AUGGAGGCCUUUUGCCUUGCUCGACCAGCCCUUGUGGUGGCUCCCGGCACCAUCCGCACACUCCCAGUGCGGUCAGCGCGGUCCAAUGCGAGAGUGGUCUGCGCCAUCAAGUUUCCGGGUUUCGGCUUCACUGCCAAGAAUGAGAGCGAAGACAACGAAUCUUACGCUGGAGCCGACUCCGCCACGACUGUGUUCCCCGCGGAGGCGUGCGACGAGCUGGGAGGCGAGUUCUGCAAUGCCGAGGGCGUGUUCGCUGAGGUGAAGCUGGAGUCAAAACCUGAACCCGUCGUCAAGCAGGUCGAAGGGAAGGAUGUCGGCGUGGUCGACUACGACGGCCCUAAGACCGUUUUCCCCGGCGAGGCAUGCGACGAGCUAGGAGGAGAGUUCUGCGAGCCUGAUUACCAGGAGGGCGUUGGUGCCGAGAAGAAGCUCUGA